AUGGGGCUCAAGCAGCAUCAUCGGCAAUAUGACCUCGUCAUUCUAGGCGCAACCGGCUACACCGGUCGCUUGACUGUCGAGCACGUCGCCGCCCGUCUCCCUCCCAGUCUCAAAUGGGCCAUCGCCGGCCGCUCCGAAUCCAAGCUGCAAGCUCUGGCCGACGAGUGCGCCAAGUCGAACCCCGACAUGUCAAGACCGGAACUCGAGAUUUUCAACGUCGGCGACGAUAGCCAAGUGUCCUCCCUCGUCGGCAAGACGGCCCUCGUCAUCACCACCGUCGGCCCCUUCUGCAAGUACGGCGAGAGCGUCUUCAACGCCUGCGCCCAGUUGGGCACCCACUACCUCGACUGCACGGGCGAGGUCCCCUGGGUGGCUCGCAUGAUCAAAAAGUACCAAGACGUGGCCCAGGGCAGCGGCGCCAUCAUGAUCCCCCAGAACGGCGUCGAGUCUGCCGCUGCCGAUCUCUGCACCUGGGCCAUGGUCCGUCUCCUGCGCUCCAAGCUCGACGCCUACACCAAGGACGUCGUCUUCUCGGUGCACAAGGCCAGCCUCACGCCGUCCGGCGGCACUCUCGCCACGGCCCUAACCAUCUUUGAACACUUCUCCUUGAGCGAAGUCAGCGCGAUCCGCGAACCCUACUGCCUGUCGCCUAUUCCUCACCCCGAAAAAGCCCGCCCUGAUUCGUCUUUUCUGCAAACGCUUUUUGGCAUCCGCGACAUCCCCGACCUCGGUGUACAGACCACGUCAGUGCUUGGGGCGGCCGACGUCCCCAUCGUGGAGCGCUCCUGGGGUCUCCUAUCCCAGAUCCCAGCCCGCAAGGACGAGUUCUACGGGCCCAGGUUCAAUUUUGCCGAGUACCUCAAGCCCAGGAACUGGUUUCACGGCAUCGUCAUUCACUGGGCGCUGCUUACGAGCCUCAUGGUUAUUAGUCUUAUCCCGCCUGUGCGCGCAAUUGUCAAGAGGUUUGUCUAUGAGCCGGGACAGGGCAUCAGCAAGGAGGAAAUGGCCAAGGAAGAGGUCGAGUUCCGCGGCACGGCUACCCCAGACGCGCCUUCGUCCCCAGGCAAGCAGGCCUUUUGCCGCGCACAAUUCCACGGAAGCUUGUACCAGCUGACGGCCCUUCAUCUGGCACAGGCGGCCCUGACCAUUUUGGAAGACGAUGUCGGACUGCAGGGAGGAGUGUACACACCGGCCUGUCUCGGCCAAGGCUACCUCGACCGCGUCAAUGACGCCGGGUUCAAGAUUGACGUCAAGCUCCUGCAGAACUAG